CGCUGUGUCUUUUCUGUUCCAGGUGUUCGCUGCCCUCCACCAUGUGCUCCAGGUAGGACAUGCACAUUGUGGUGGCAGGCGUGUCUGCAGCUGGGAAGCAGGAGGCUCCUCUGAACAUGGAGAGAUAAGACCUUGUCCUGCAGGCCUGCCUGACAGAGAGCCCUGCCACCCUGGCUGAGCUUGCCCGUGUCCUUGAGAUGGAUCGUCACCAGGAGGCCGAGAUGGAGCUGCGCAGGGGCCCCGAGGUGGCCGGGGAUAAGGCCCUGAGCCACAGCUGCUGCAUUUGCGGCAAAAGCUUUCCCUUCCAGAGCUCCCUGUCGCAGCACAUGCGCAAGCACACGGGCGAGAAGCCCUACAAGUGCCCCUACUGUGACCACAGGGCUUCCCAGAAGGGCAACCUCAAGAUCCACAUUCGCAGCCACCGCACGGGGACUCUGAUCCAGGGCCACGAGCCCGAGGCCGGCGAGACGCGUGUGUCCGAGGGCCUGGACGGCUGCACCAGCCCCACAAAAAGCACUUCGGCCUGCAACAGGAUCCUGAAUGGCGCCACGCAGCUGGACAACAGCAAGAUCCUGCUGAGGAGCAGCAGGAAGGAGGCGGAGGGGGCCGCAUGCCCUGCGGAGGACGGCGGCGCAGCGGCUCAGUGCUCCUUCUGCAAGAGCAAGUUCGAGCGCAAGAAGGACCUGGAGCGUCACGUGCACCGGGCACACAAGCCCUUUAAGUGCCGGCUGUGCAGCUACGUGACGCUGAGGGAGGAGUCGCUGCUGAGCCACAUCGAGAAGGACCACAUCACCGCGCAGGUGCCCAGUGGGGAGGCCUGCGUGGUGAACGGCAAGCCGGAGCUGCCGCCUGGGGAGUUCCCGUGCGAGGUGUGCGGCCAGGCCUUUAGCCAGACCUGGUUCCUGAAGGCGCACAUGAAGAAGCACAGGGGCUCCUUCGACCACGGCUGCCACAUCUGUGGCCGGAGGUUCAAAGAGCCGUGGUUCCUCAAAAACCACAUGAAGGCGCAUGGCCCCAAGGCGGGGAGCAAGAACAGGCCCAAGAGCGAGCUGGACCCCAUCGCCACCAUCAACAACGUGGUGCAGGAGGAGGCGAUCGUGGCCGGCCUGGCCCUCUAUGAAGUCUGCACCAAGUGCGGGAACCUGUUUACAAACCUGGACAGCUUGAAUGCCCACAACGCAGUCCACCGCAGGGUGGAGGCGGGCAGAACUCGGGCCCUGAGCGGGGAGGGCGAACUCAGACCUGCGGACUCCCAGCAGCUCUUCCUCCAGUGCCUGAACUUAUGCCCCGUUGGAACCGGUGCACCAGCCCACGGACAGACCGGGCAGCGGGUGGCCGAGCUGGACCCGGUCAACAGCUACCAGGCCUGGCAGCUGGCCACCCGGGGCAAGGUGGUCGAGCCAGCCGAGUACCUCAAGUACGGGACGUGGGACGAGGCGCUGGCUGGGGAUGUGGCCUUUGACAAGGAGCGGCGCGAGUACAUCCUGGUGAGCCAGGAGAAGCGCAAGCGUGAGCUGGAGCCUGGUGCGCAGGGUCCCCCACGAAAGAGGGCAGGCGCACCAGGGGACCUUGCACCCGGGUCUCUGGACCCUAGGCCUGCCUCACGCCCCAGCCGCCGGGCUACCACCCCAGCCGGCCAAGGCAAGUCCUCCGAGUGCUUCGAGUGCGGCAAGAUCUUCCGCACCUACCACCAGAUGGUGCUGCACUCUCGGGUGCACCGCCGUGCCCGCAGGGACCAGGAGGGCGCAGGGGACCGCGUGCCCCGCGCACGCUGCGGCUCACUCAGCGAGGGCGAUUCGGUCUCACAGCCCAGCAGCCCUGGAUCUGCCUGCGCGGCCACUGACUCCCCAGGCUCUGGCCUGGCAGAGGAGGGUGCUGAUGAGAGCGGAGAGGAGGGUGCCGCAGACCCUGCACCAGGGGCAAAGCCACACAGCCGCCGCUUUUCCGAAGACGUGGCUCAGCUCCUGCUCUCCAAUGGAGGCCAGAGUCACAGCCUCGGACGCACCCUGCCCGGACAGGACCCCGGCGGGCCCCGCGCGGAAACGGCAGCCCCCAUGUCCGCACGUGAGGACCGCAGCAGGGAGACCUCCAGGAGACCGGAGCUGCCUCGGUUUUCUGUGGACUUGAAGAUGCCUGCGUGCCACCCCAAGCAGGAGGUCCGCGGCUUUAGGGACGCCGUAGACUUCCCUUCGAAUGCAGGUCAGGCUUUUCCAGAAGGCGCGGCCCUGCAGCUAUCCUCGGAGAGCCCCGCUGGCCACCCCAAAGAGAAGCCCUGUGAUCUGCACAAUAAGGAGCAUUCUGGGGGCAGGAGGGCGCUGGCCCCAGACCUGAUCCCGCUGGACCUGAGCGAGAGGUCGACCCGGGAUGACCCCAGCCACAAGGAGCUGGCCUCCUCGCUGCAGGCGGCACUGGCCGUGUACCCAUGUCCCUACUGCAGCCACAAGACCUACUACCCCGAGGUGCUGUGGAUGCACAAGCGGAUCUGGCACCGCGUCAGCUGCAGCUCCAUGGCCCCCCAGUGGACGCAGCCCAACGGCUACAAGAGCAUCAGAAACAACUUGGUUUUCCUCGUCCGGAGCGGACGCACAGGCCCCCCGCCCGCCCUUGGGGGUAAAGACUGCCAGCCUCUGCCCAUCGCUAGGUUCACACGCACCCAGGUGCCGGGUGGCGCGCCAGGGCCCAAAGGCAGCUCCUUGCCCCUGGGUGGGACCCCAAAGGCCACCGGCAUGCCUAAGAGCCGGGAGGGCCAUCUGGGGGGCCCCUGCGCUCUCUGGGCAGCUGGCUCCGAGGGGCCUCGGCAGACCAAACCGGGCCAUGGCCCAGAGCAGCACAGUGCCCUGGCUUCACACGCACCCAGGUGCCGGGUGGCGCGCCAGGGCCCAAAGGCAGCUCCUUGCCCCUGGGUGGGACCCCAAAGGCCACCGGCAUGCCCCACCCCCACUGUCAUCGCCCGGAUUGGCUCCCAGCCCCUGGCCACCAGCAGGCUGGGGGACAAGUAUGUCAUCGCCCCUGUGGGGGCUGGCCUGGGCCCCCCAAAUAAGCACAGUGCCCCAGACCCACCGAAAGCCAAAUUGAGCCCUCAGCCUCAGGGUCAGCUGCAGGUGAAAGACGACGGGGGCCCCGCUCUACCUCCCCGAGAGCCCCCCUCCAAGGCCAGCCAGGGCUCCAGAGGGAACACAGCCCCGCAGGCCCAGCCCACCCCGCAGGCCGUCAAGCAGGAGCCGGCGCCUGAGGGCCAUGAGAAGCGUCUAGACAUCCUCAAUAUCUUUAAGACCUACAUUCCAAAGGACUUGGCCACGCUCUGCCAGAGCUGGGGGGCCAGUGGCCCUGCGCCCGAGCACAGAGGGACGCCCCGGACGCAGGCCCGCCAAGGAGACUUCGUCUGCAUGGAGUGCGGGAAGUGCUUCCACCAGCCCAGCCACCUGCGGGCACACAUGCGGGCUCACUCAGUGGUGUUUGAGUCCAAUGGCCUCCGAGGUGCUGACGUCCACGCCACCUCCACAGAUGCCCCCAAACAAGGGAGAGACCUUUCUAACCCAGAUGCCGUCCAGACAGUGCCUCUCAGAAAGGGCACCUAAAGCGAACCCCGUCUCCAGCGAACCCCGGUGCCCCGUGACAGCCAUUCGCAGUACCCUCCUGGAUGUCCCAGCUGCCUCCCAGCAGAGACCCUGACCGCCGCGCGAGGAAGAGUGGCCUCCCUCCCCACCCGCCACCCCUCAUCUUAGACCGCUGUGCUGGCCCGGAAGCUGCAGGGCCAGGCCUCUCCUGGCUGGACGUUGAGGAAUAAAUAAAGACGCUGAACUCUAGAACUCCAUGCAGAUGUUCCGAACGCGUGUGCGUGCUCGUGGACCAUGGUCCCACGUGGCGUUGGCAGGCACAGCGGGAGCACACGUCUGUGCUGCUCACCACGAGUGGAGACACUGGAAAAGAGCUGCUCACGCGUGUGGGAUCGAGUGAAGCCGUGUGUGCAGGACUGUGGGCGAUGGCGGGGCUGGGGUUGAGCUGACAGUGUUACUGCUAUGGCCUCUCCCGUCUUAGUGGGUAUUUAUGUGGUGAAUGAGACAGGAAGGAGGGGGCGUGCAGGUGCUGUGCGUGCGUACCAGGCUGGGUGGGGCGGGGCGGUGGCAAACUCCCCCUGUCCCACCGUUAGGUUAGGCCGCCUCCCCGGGGCCCUCUGCAUCCCCAUGGCUCCUUUCCUCCCCUCCACGCCUGUGCUCAGCAUGUGGGCGGGAACACAGCCAUGGGGAUGUUUCUGUUCUGCUUCCGGAACAGAGCGAGUUGAACACUAAGAAAAGCAGGCUUCUUUGUUUAUUCUCAGGACCUCUUGUAACAGGGCUACAUUCUGCAAACUGCUCACAAAGGAAGGCUGCCCGUCUUAACGCCAUCCAGGUCUGGACCAUUUUGGUCAUGCAGGAGAGCCCUGGGAGACUUGGGGGCCCAUCACCCUGAGCUGGUGCUCUGGAACCUUCUGCUCUCUCUCCCUGCCCCACCCCAGCAAGUAGGCCUGUUUCUCCGCGGGCCUGAUGCCCUCCUGGUGCCCCCCACAGGAUGAGCGAGCAUCCUCGUUCCCAGAGCAUGGAGGUCCCCAGGCCCCUGGGUGGGGUGGGCGGCUCUAUAUACCUCUUCCUCAGUCAGGCAAAUGUAAGUUUUCGUGGUGGGGUUAAGGCCCCCAACAGAGGAUCUUAAAUCCUGCAGUGUACGCAGUGAAGAUCCCAGUCCACAGAUACAAAUAGUUUCUUUCCCUGGUACCGUGACACUCGGCUGAUGACGGUAACCUUUCUGAGAGUUUCAGACGUUUGCACAUAGGAUUUUAUGCAUUAUCAAAAGUUACUGCUGCCUUGAAUGAAAAUGUUCUGUGAAAUUUUUUGCAAAAGCUUUACUAGGUUUUUUUUAAUUGUGAAAUUUUGUAAAGGCAGGAAGUGGAUUAAAAUGAGCAUGCUACAUAUAUUUUUCAAAAAAGCAAUAAUUUUACAUGUACAGAAAUUAUCCUUAACCUUUAAUACUGGUGAGAGCGACAGUUUACUUCAUACCGUAAUGGGUUAGCGCAGUUUUUGUAGAAAAUGGGCUUCUGAUACAAAGAGUUGUUUAAACACACACAAACACACACACACAUACAUACCCUAAAGUGUGGUUUUUUUUUUUGUUCUAAUGAUUUGUUGAAUUAUUAUAUUAUUAUUAUUGUUGUUAUUGUUAUUAGUUAGUGUUUGGUUCUGGAUUCUACUUGUUACUGAAUUUAAAUUACUUGACGGUUCAGGUUACUUUGCAACACUUGGAAACAAUGCAAUGUAACUGGCUAGUUUAUAUAUAUAUAUGUAUAUGUGCAUAUGUAUAUGCACAUAUAUACAGCACAUACACAUAUGUAUAUGUGUGUAUGUAUAUCUAAUUUUUUACUUGGUUUUCCUGAUAUUCUUACACCAGAUAUGUACCAGAAUGACCUGUCUUGUCGGUGUAAUUGGGAAUGUCCUUGCAAAUACGGUUAAGCGACUGUGACUGACUGUUCUGUAAAGUUAUUUUGAGCAGAUACAUUCCUCUGUUCACCUUAGAAACCACAAUGCCUUUCUGUUGACUUAUGUUGGAUCAUUUCGAUACUUUCCCCAAAGUGAUCAUUUCUGCAUUUUCUGGCUUUUCGCUUCUUGGCUGAAAGUGAAAGAUGACAGUUUAGGAACACACAGGGGCUAGUGACUUAGUCCUGGUCUCUUUCUCUGAGUUUUAGUUAUUAAAGAAAGUCUGUACCCAAAGUGACACGGAGGCGUGUCCCUUCUGACUGUUGGAAAGCAGCACCCAGGAGCCCAGCUGGCACUCUGAGCUGGGCGUGUCUUCACGGAGAGUCCUCUCUGGGGAGCCUGGCGGGCUGAGGGGUGGGCAUCGGCAGAGGGUGAAACCGUAGUCAGGGCAAAUAACUGUGAGCUGCAAGGAGUCCAGAAAUGAGGUUUCUACUUAAUGACAGAGACAGGAGGGGACCCCCAAGGACGCCCCCCUCUGAGACACACCAUUUCCAGCCUGACUGUGGUUCCUUCUUCCACCGAUCAUCAGUAUUGUAUUGGUUUGUGAAUGCCUUCCUGUCAGCCCUGCCGUAGUAUUUAAUAUGAUUUGUGUUUUCUUAUUUAUUUAGCCAAUGUGUUUCAAUUUGCUUUCCUUCGAACGAUGAUUUCCGCGUGAUCUCUCCUGUAAGUCACCUCUGACUGUUCCAGCCUUUUCUACUACCUCUACCGAUCUGCUGUUUCCUCGAUUCUUCACAGGAUUUUACAGUGUUGGCGUCUAAUGUGACUUGGACAAUAAAGGGUUUGGUUGUCUACUUGCA